CAAGAGUGAUCGCUUAAGGUGAGCUAUUACCAGCAGGAGAGCAGGGGGGAACCUUUUGUAGUGAUAAUCAAGGUGGGCCAUUUCCACCAGUUGGUUCUUGUCAGCCAGGUUCCUGCCUGGACUCUAGGGGAGAUAACCGCAUCCUUGAUAUGUGAGUGACUCAUCCCUUCUUGCAGACUGAAUCUCUCAAGGAUGAAGACACUGUUUGAGGAGAUCAAAGCAUCAAUUAAAAAUAAUUAUGAUCCAGACCGCUCAUUUUGGAGGCCUGUGCUCCCUUGGGGAGGGGUUUUUACUAUCAAAGCAGGCCGUAAAGCUGUAUCUUGCACACCACUUUAUGUUGAAAUAAAUCUGAAAAAUACUUGCACUAUAGAUGGAUUCUUGAUGUUGUUGUAUGUCAUUCUGCAUGAAAAUGAACACUUCCCCAAGGAGCUCUCCCUUCAUUUAGGUAGAGAGUUUGUCGACUACUUUCUUUACUUAAUGGACUCCUAUAAUUUUACAACGGUAAAGCUGCUUUGGAUUUGGGACAAGAUGGAGAAGCGACAGUACAAAUCUGAAGUUCACAAAGCUUCACUGGAAAUCGAUUUAUUUGGAAAUGAGCAUGAUAACUUUACAAAGAAUCUAGAAAGUCUCAUGUCUACCAUUCAAGAGAGCUACUGUUCGAAUUCGAGGUGUCCAACUCGUAUGCAGGAAGAUCCACAGAGAACAUUUAACAUAAAUCCUCCCCAAGAAAUUCCUCAUGGAGACUUGAUUCAGCGGGCAGUAGAUGAAUUAUUCUGUUCCAAGAUAGAGCUGUGUGAACAGUAUGGAUGUAAUGGGUUAAGAGAGUUCACCCAGAGAGUUUUCUGCCAUGGGGCACCGCCUUUUGUUGUUUUAAAUAUGCAGCAAUGGAAGCCAGAAGAACUGGCAUACGUACCAUAUCAUUUGGAUUUAUCUGAUCACAAGUACUUAUUGGAAGGUGCCACAUUGUUCAAUAAAGAGGAGCAUCAUUAUUCUGCAGCUUUCCAGAUUGAUGGGUAUUGGAUGCACUAUGAUGGCCUCAGAAAUGUCAACUUAAUUUUGUUAAAUAAACCCCCAGAAUUUCUUCUUUUGUCAUCUCUAGUUUAUAUUAGAGCAGCAGAGAAUAAAUAGCAUAUCUAGACUAUGGGACAAAAUUAAAUCAUGUUCCCUUCUCUGCCAUCAAUGCUGGCCCAUCCCAAAUGGAGGUCUAUAUUUUAUGUAUACUUGGUAUCCAAGAAAAGAGUAAAACUACAGUAGUUCUGGUAUUGUAUCAUCCAAUGCUUACUAUAGGUAAAAAUUUGAAAUUGGAAACACUAUGCAAUUUUUUAAAACAUUUAUUGAGCUAUUUUUAUACAGGGAAAUUUUUAUGCUAAAAUAAACAGGCAAAAAAACAAGAA